AUGCUGAUUAACCUGGGCGUUCGCCUGGCAAACUAUAUCGCGGCGCCUUUUGUUGAACGGGCGACUAAUUGGGCCGUGCAGGCAAUCGAAAGCAUUCCUCCCGAGACCCGGCGGCGGUGGAUCACCAGACUAGCGUACGUGCUACGCCCGCUGUUUGUUUGCGUCGACUACUUUCGCCUGGCUCUUGUCCGGGGGUACGUUCACAACGCCAAGUGCGCCCGCGUUCUGUCCGCCAACACUCACGAGCUCAAUUCGCUUGUUUACAGCGGCAAGUCCCCGGCAACGUCGAAUAAGCCCUUGUGGACUCGCCAUGACGCCACUGAAAAGACGACGACCGCGGCGCUGUUCCCUGUGAUGCUGCUAGUUACGCCGCUUUUUUUCCUCAGCGACUUUGCACGCUCGAAAUUCGCAGACUACUUGCACCCCAAUACUCAUUCUCGAGUCGAGACACUUUUAGACUCUAUUUGGGCCGUCCAGUAUGGAUCGGUGAUUAGCUCUUAG